UUUCGGGAAAUCUGACAAGUGGAUGACUUAUCUAAACACACAGAUUGUAAAGCUGUUAUGAAUGACGAAACUAUCCAUAGGAGCCAAAAGCCAUUUUUGAGCCAGGCUGUAAAUCUGUGAAUUUUAACAUUGAAAUCUGUUGAAGCCAGCUUUAGAAGUGUGAUUUGAUGAAUUAUGCAGCAAUUCAUCAAAUCCACAAAUGGAUUUUCCUUACAAAUGUGGCACUAUUUAAGGCAGGGGUGGGAGAACUCAAGGACCCGUGUCCUGCAGGUUUUAGAUGUCUUUGAUCCAACACAGCUGAUUUAAAUGGCUAAAUUCCUCCUCAACAUGUCUUGAAGUUCUCCGGAGCCCUGCUAAUGAACUAGUCCUUUGAUUCAGGUGUGUUGACCAAGGGUGAUAUCUAAAACCAAGACACUAGAUUUUGAGGCCUGGAGUUCCCCACCCCUGAUUAAAGAGGAAAUAAGCAGGCUGUCCGAUGGUAUAAGAUUUAUUGCCAAGAAGCGCUGUUACAACAAAGGACUUACUUUAUGUGCCAAGCUCAUUUUUUGUGUUAUACAUUAUGUAGCACUGUUUCUGUUUUUUUUUUUUUUUUAAGGACCAACGUCUUGCCUAAUCUGGCGUCAUCCAGCACUGGGCAGGUUCUACUGGCAGGGCCGUGCUGGACAUGGUGGAGCGGGAGUGGCAGCCUCUGUCUGCGGGCGAGCUGGAGCACAGGCUGGACCAGGCGGUGGAAGAGAUCCUGGAGUCACAGCUCCUGGCAAAACUGGAAAAGCAGUCCCAUCGUCGUCCUCCUCUUACCAAUACUAUUUACGUACAGUUACUACAGAAUCAGGUGGGGCCCCAAGUUUUACACACAGCAACAACAUCCAGUCCGUCCGAGCAGGAGGAAGAGAAAGAGGAGGAGGCUGCAGAGUCCCAGGAGCAGGUUGAUACUGUGGAUAAUCCAGCGAUCAAGUACAUUUCAGACCUACUUCAAAGCUCCAAAUCAAGGACACGAAUGGCUGGACGGGCUCGCUUAUCAAUGUCCCACACUGUCCUCCUGUCUCUCACACUGCUGUCCGAGCGAGUCAGUUACCGCACUGUGUCUCGCCGCUUCCAGCUGGAGAAGGGAAACAUCCACAGGAUCUUCUUCUCUUUCUGCCAGCGCAUAAACAUGCUGGAAGAGAGGCACAUCAAAUGGCCAGCUGGGAAAGAGGCUGUAGAGGCACUUUUCCCAUUCUCCAAUCUAAUUGGAAAAAAGGAAGUAGAAGGAGGACAAGGUGUUCCUCAGGUUCUGGGAGUGUUGGGACACACCCGGAUCCCUAUUCGCCUGCCUAUAGGGAAACAUGAUGUGGAGAGCACCAUACCUGAGGUGAAGAGAAUGAAGAUGGAGGCCCCUCCUGACUCUUGGUUAAACCUUGAGCUUGUGUGUGACAUUAGAGGCCGGUUCUUGCACUGCAGAAUCAGUAAAGGAUCUCAUGUGGACAGAGGUCGUGCUCUAAGAGACAAACUCAAACAGAACCCUGACCUAAUGCCUUCCAGCUCCUGCCUUGUGGCCAGAGCUGGCUACCCACUUACUGAUCAGAUUUUUACCCCGUACACAGGAAGUCACGGACCAAGAGAGGCGCUCUUUAACAAGACGCUGGAGGAGCAUUUUCAGAUCCUAGAUCAGGCCAUUGCCGAUCUGAGAGCCAGGUUUCGGAGGCUCACGUAUCUGGAUAUUGGAAACUAUGACCGAGCCAGAGCUGUUGUGCUGACUGCCUGUGUGUUGCAUAAUGUGUUUCUGGACCUAGGACAGGCGGUUCAAGGAGAGAAGGAGGAAGCCACACCCCAAGAUGAAGAGGGGGAGGCGGAUGACGAGGGUGUAUGCAGACGUGACUCCAUUACAGAUUUUCUGUUUAAAAGCUUUAAUCAUGGAAACGCGUGAACAUUUCAAUUUGUUAAUAAACUUCAGUUGUGCUCGUGA